UUACCUUGCACUUUGGGAACUCCUCCUGACCGGUGUCAGGCCCCACUCUUUGGCUUCUACAGUUCUACCAGUCUAGAGAGAGAGAAAACAGAGAGGAGAGAAUCUCUUUCAACAUUUUCACUUCCCCCCUCUCUCGUACACACACAUACAGUAUACAUACAUACAUACUACAAUUAGGCAUAAGUAACAUAUAUAGAGAGAUCCCCAUUUUACUUUCCUCUUUUCUCUUAUAUUAUUAGGGUUUUGGUGCUGCAAGAAGAGGGUCCAAAUCAGGAGCUUUUAUUAAAAACAUUGAUGGUGGAUUCUUCAGUAUCAAAGGUAGGUAAACCCUAAACCUUAACUUUCCUAAGCCAUCUGACUCAUCUUGUGUUAUUAUUGCUCAAUCAGUGAUUUGGGUUUUCAUCUAAAAGCAAUAUAUAAUAGUAUUGUUUAUCAAAAUCUGAAAGUUGUGAGGAUUUCAUCCAUACCCUAGAUGCUUUUACGGUUUUGUAUCAAUGAGAGACUAAAAAGUGUUUGCGUUUGGUUUGUUCGUCAUAAAAAUGAGUUGGGUCUAAUCUACGAGCAAGAAGGGCAUGGUUUUUGAGUGUAUACAAAUGAUCUGUUCUUUGUCAGAAGUCAGAGAGAAACGAUGGUUUUCUGAGCACACCCACUUGAAAAUGUCUUGGAUUCAACAUCAAAUCAGGGAGAGAGAUGGUGUUUUGACAUACCCACCUCCUAUUUCUCCUUCCUUCUCAUCUCCAUAUGGUCCUACUUUUCAUAAAGAAUCAACCCCUUCAUCAUCAUCUGGCACUAGAAUUAGUCCUGCUGUUCUUUUUAUUAUAGUGAUUUUAGCUGUUCUAUUUUUCAUAGCUGGCCUUCUCCACCUUCUUGUUAGAUUUCUCAUCAAACACCCAUCUUCUUCACCAUCCUCCCAAUCUAAUAGAUACCCUGAUGUCUCUAGCUCAGAGGCUCUUCAGAGACAACUACAACAACUAUUCCAUCUUCAUGACUCUGGUCUGGAUCAAGCUUUUAUAGAUGCUUUACCUGUUUUUAUGUACAAAGAGAUUGUGGGUCGUAAAGAUCCGUUCGAAUGUGCUGUUUGUCUGUGUGAAUUUUCCGAGUCAGACAAGCUGAGAUUGCUUCCAAUGUGUAGUCAUGCCUUUCAUAUCAAUUGUAUAGAUACUUGGCUACUAUCAAACUCAACAUGUCCUCUUUGUAGAGGGACCCUCUUCACUCCUGGGUAUUCUGUUGAAAAUCCAAUUUUUGAUUUUGAUGAUCCAAGAGAAGACGACGGUUUUCAUGGUAGUAGAGAAAAUGGGUUCAUCGCGAGUCAGAAGACGGUAGAGAUUGAGGAAACUGUUGUGGACAAGGGGGUUUUCCCUGUGAGGCUUGGUAAGUUCAGGAAAUUGAAUAAUGGGGCAGGGGAGACAGGAGGAGAAGAGACCAGUAGCAGUAAUUUAGAUGCAAGAAGGUGUUACUCAAUGGGUUCAUAUCAGUAUGUUGUUGGUGGUACAAACCUCAGGGUGGCCUUGAAUAUUGGUGAUGUAAAUCUUGUGAAAGGGGCUGGACACAAUGAAAAUCCUUUAGUUGAUGGAGACGCGGAGGGGAAGAAGAUUAAUAUCGGAUCAAAAACUGAUAGCUAUUCUGUUUCCAAGAUAUGGCUCUGGUCUAAGAAGGGAAAAUUUGCUAGUUCUUCAAACAACCAAAUGAAUAAUCUUUCUCUUGAUGCGGACCUGCCAUGGAUGGCAAAAACACAAGGUGUCUAGAGGGACAAACUUCUAUAUUAUAUUGGCUACUCUGGCGCAUCCUAUCACUCGCGGCCACCAGAUUACUCAAAAUAUGUAUUAGGGAUAAAUUUGAAGACUUGUUUGUUUUAGGGGUCGCACUAAGCAAAACAAGGGGGCCGAAUUAGAGGUGCCAGGCUUGUAUUUCAUGAAACACAAAAUGGGUUGAAAAGUAGUGUCUAAAGCCCUAGCAAGUGUCUUGGACAUGUUUUCUUCAAACACAAAAUAUUAGUAUAUAUAAAUCCCUGCAAUUUCAUCUACACUGAAUGUGUUAGCAUAGACAAACAAACUUCCCUACUGAUUUGAAGCAAUAAUGUCAACAUACUUGUGAGAACCCUGUUCCUUAUUGAUUAUGUCACAUCUCCUUUUUCUCUGAAAGAGUUCUGGGGUCCAAAUAUUUGAAUAUAUUGUGCAAUUUGUUUCCAUUUA